GUUGUCUCAGAACUCCUUCGUAUCAAGAAAAUCUUCUUUCUUCUGAGGACCAAACAUACCAAGAUGGUUGGAAAAGUGGACUGUAGGUACAACAUCCACUUCCCACUCAUGCAAUUGCAAUGGGAAGGUAGCAGAUCUAUUUCCUACAUAACCGUGGCUGACAGAAGACUAUACAAGGAUUGUUAGUUGCAAGAUCAUAUUCAACAACAUACUUGAAUGGAUAAAACACGCUUUGAGGCUUCAGGAUCUGGCAUUUGAAUGAAUUUUAGAAGAAACUAAUUUAUGUAUAUGAACAGGUGAAAGUAACUAAACAAUGUUAUGGGUAUAACUCGUCAAUGGAAUACAUGAAAGCUAAGAAAAGGUAGUGGUACAUUUAGUAAGCUUGUCAUUUAGCGUCAACAUUCUAUGGGAUUUGAUGUUGCUACUUUCUAUUUCUUUUCUUUUCUUUUUCUUUUUUAGUUUUAGUUUUAUUUUUAUUUUCCAAAAGGAAUGAAAUAAACUUCAUCCUUUAUUCAAUGUUUCAGCAACGCUAAAUGAAAUGUACAGUCAUUUCCAAUAGGGUUGAAAUGAAUACGAAAAAGACAUUCUUUUACAUUUGAAAAGAACAGAUUAGGAAGAUAUGAGUGGAAUACAAGCUUCUAAUUCAAUUGCUUGACUUACGCUUCUUAAUGGAUAAGUUGGAUAAAACAAGAAUGAACAAGCUGGCAUUCUAAAGUAUUUUAAAUAAAAGCUUUGUACACAAUUAAUGUGGCUACUGGAUCCUUGUUUCUUCUACCCUUUGUAAAGAGACAAAGCUCUUUUGAAGAAUAAAGGAUCUCACACUUGAAAUUCACGACAUUUUUAAAUAACUUUAAUGUAAAACAUGAAUUGAUGAAAAAGAACAAGUUCAUGAUGGCUGGAAAUGCACAGUAAUUUUGGUUUCCCCCAUUAUCUUCAGCAUGCUUAUUUCUGAAUCAUUGAAGGUUUUCACAGUAGCAAAACCUGAGGAAAAUUUGGCAAACAAUGUGACAUAUUGAAACUGAAUAACAAAAUAAUUGCGGUAGCGCUAUCCCAUUAGCUUGGUCAUUCUUUCUUAUACCAACACCUUCGUACACCUGACUGACCUGUGACUGACAGCCACUAAGAUAUAAACCCACAAGAGGUUUUCUCAGAUAAUUUAUUUCAAUUCCUCUCAGGAAUUCGUUUCUACUCAACCCCUAUUCGCAUGUUGUAAAACUCGAUACUUCCUUCAUACCAUUUGAUCAUUACCAACCCAAUUAAUAAUUCUUCUGAAGUUUAGAUCAUAUUCAUCGAAGUUAAAAGAGAUAUUUCUUAUUAAAUACGAAAAAAAUCCUUUUUUGGAACAUUUAUAGGGACUCUUAUUUUCUGCAGUGCUUUCAUUAUGUCAAACUCUGCAGACGCAUUUAAAAUCCUAACGAGUUCUCAAAAAAAUGACAAGCCGUUCGUGAAAAGGAAUCCUCAACGGCUUUCUUUUCGAGAUAACCUCCGAGUGUACAUUGAACAUCCUCAGGCGCACAGUAAUGUAUUAUAUUAUGAUGAAGAUUUUGUUUUUAUUAGGGAUAAAUAUCCAAAAUCAAAGAUGCAUUUGCUCUUGAUGCCACGGGAUCCCUCGUUAACAUUGGUUCACCCUCUGGAGAUUUUAGCAAAGCAUAGGGAAUUGGUUGAAAAGUUGGUUUCUAUGGUGUUUCGAAAACUCCCGGAUUUAAUUAUGAGAGAAGCUAGAAAUAGUCUUUUCUCGAACUCUGAUCUGUCGUCAAAAGUUUCGUCGAAAACGCUUUGGGAUUUCAUCAAAAUAGGAUUUCAUGCAGGACCAUCCAUGAAUAAUCUUCACUUGCAUGUUAUGACUCGGGACCACGUUUCUCCGAGUUUGAAGCAUAAUGCUCAUUACAUAUCAUUCAACUCCCCUUUUUUUGUUAAUAUUGACACUCCUAUCGCUCACCUUCCCGUUCGAGGAUCGCUUUCCUACUUAUUUCAACAAGACGUUUGUUGCUACCGGUGUGGUAAAUCUUUUGGAAGGCAGUUUUCCAAGUUAAAAGUUCAUCUGUCAGAAGAGUUAGAUUCAUGGGUACAAGAUACUUUAGCAUCUGAAGCAUUACAUGUGUGAAAUAUUGCUUUCACUUUGUUAUAGUCUAUUACGUUAUUUAUUUAUUGAUUAAUUUAUUAUGAAUCAAUGAGAACGGUAUUAAUUAAAUAUAUCGUAAAGAUCCAAA